AUGUGGACUCCUCCGUCUGUGGUAAAUUCGCCGGGCGGCUCAAGUGCCAUCCUGGCCGUACCUCCCCAGAAGCUGAAGCCAAGUACGCGUCUGCCAGCCAAGUUGAACAAAGAAGAUAAGCCAUGGAUAGGCAAGCCUCAUGGACUCGACCGCCUCAGCUGGUGGUUGACCGUGAUUGGCCUGCUGCUCGGCGUUCUCGGAGGCGCUGCCUUGUGUUUCUUCGGAUACGAGAGCGUGGACGUCCUGCCCAUGUCUGAUCUGUGCUUGGUCAUGGAUGACGAGUUCGACUCGCUCGACCUGACUAACAACUGGAGCCGCGAUGUCGAGCUCGGCGGAUUUGGAAACGGCGAGUUUGAGAUGACCACAGACUCGGACUCGAACUCCUAUGUGAAGAAUGGUCAACUAUACAUCCUACCCACGCUUACCUCCAACUCCAUCGAUGGAGGCUAUAGCGCCGUUCUCAAUGGAGCCAGUUACAACCUGCCCGGUUGUACGGCUGACAUUGGUGACACCUCGUCGGGCAACUCGACUUCCAGCUCUGGUGGCGGCGGAGCCCAGGGCAACGCCUGCACCGCAUAUUCGGAUUCAGCCGCGGGCACGGUGAUCAACCCGGUGAUGAGCGCCCGCCUGAACACGCGCGGCAAGAAGUCGAUCGCAUACGGACGAGUCGAGGUGCGCGCCAAGCUGCCGCAGGGCGACUGGCUCUGGCCCGCCAUCUGGAUGCUGCCCGAGGGCAACUCGAGUGAGGCAAGCAACUCGUCGUCGCGCGCGGGCGUGUAUGGCGAUUGGCCAAUGAGCGGCGAGAUUGAUAUCAUGGAAGCGCGAGGCAACCUGCCUUCGUACCCCGCGCAGGGCUCCAACUACGUUCGCUCGUCGCUCAAUUAUGGGCCGUUCUCGGCCGCGAACACGCCUACGCUUUACGGGUGGGUGACGACGAAGCGGGGCAACUACGCGGACGGUUUCCACGUGUACGCGUUUGAGUGGACGGACUCGUGGAUGCGGUUCUACACGGACAGCCGGCUGCAAGCGAUGGUGAACAUUAAGAUGACGGGCAGCGGGGGCAAUGGCGAGGAUACGUACUUUUUCAAGUCGGCGGGGUUCCCUGCGACGGCGAUGAAUGCGUCGAGCGGGUAUGAGGUGGUUGUGACAGAUCCGUGGACGGAAGGGUCGAAUGCGGCGCCUUAUGAUCAGCAGUUCUACCUUAUCAUGGACCUCGCCGUGGGCGGCAUUAGCGGGUGGUUCCCAGACAACGUCGGCAACAAGAUGUGGUUCGACAACUCUCAGACUGCCAUGCAAGAGUUUGCAAAGGCCCAGAGCGACUGGUAUGCGACGUGGCCGACCAACGAAGAUGAUCUCGCGUUUAGAAUUGACUAUGUCAAGAUGUGGAAACUCUGCGGCUCUUAA